UAAAUUACCCACAAACCAACGAAGCAUCGAAUUUAGUAUCAGUAACGGAAUAUAACGAUGAAAAUAUUUCUUUAACUAGUUUUCUUCCUUCACAUGCUCAACAAGCUUUACCACGACUUCCUAUCUUUGAAACUGUUGCCGUUAUACCGCAGCACCAAAAUGGAAAAGGAGCGAAUAAAAGUGUUCAUUCUUUUAAUAACCUUUGCCACGACUUUAAAAGUCACGAUUCUUUUCCACGUUUCGUACCGCGGAACUCAUCGUCCACUAAUCGUCAUAGUAUGUAUUGUGGUGACUUACCUUCAAAUUUACAUCAUCAAAUAAACCGUAGUAACGGUAGCAAUAAGCCACCUAAAAUGCGAAGAAGAGCAGCUAGUUUUGGUGAAAGCUCAAUUCACGGGCGUACUGAUUCCGUUCAAAUCAGUGAAACCCUUAUAGAAAACAAUAGUAUUGAAAAUCCCCAAUCAAACAAUAAUUCCAAUUUGAUAAAUUCACAAUCACAACCAAAUAAUCGAGCAUUUUUUCGACAUACAAUUAUAUUAAAUAAUAAUGCUAGUGGUUCAAGUACUGAUCUCAGAAAAUCCAUGUAUAAAGAACCAUCAUUUACAAAAAAAUUAAGAAAGGUUUUUAGUUUAAGCAAUAUUAGGCAAGACGAUCAUAAUUCGAACAGUACGACUUCAUCAGCCGCUAAUUCUAGAUCUUCUUCACCCGUCUUUAAUAAUAGAUUUUCUUCGCUUCGAGGAAAAAAAAAUCACUUAUAUAAUUUAAAUGAUAAUGAUGACGGCAAUUCUUCAUCUAAUAACAAUGAAAAAGAUGAUGAUACAUCGGUAUCAUCAACUUCAUCUAACGGUGAUAAUAUUCUUGCCACUACAAAAGAUCUCAACAAUAACAACAAAUCUCGUCGUCGAACAUUUGAUUUUCAAUCAUUAUUUUCCAAAAACGACAAAAAACGUAACCAGAAAGAUCGUCAUAAAAAGCAACAACAGCGUCAUCGAUCACAUCUUGAACAAUCAAUAUCAUCAUCUUCAGUUCAACAAAAUCAUGAUAAUGAUGAUUCUUUGAAUGAAUUGAAAGGAAACGGUGAUAACAACAAAGGGAAGCAACCAAAUGGGAACGAAAUUGAAAACGGAAAUAAACAAGCGAGCGACGAUUCUGGUAAGAGAGAAGGAUUUUACAUCAAUUUAUUAAUUGAUUUAAGAUAUAAAAUUUUACUAAUUCAAAAUAAUGGCAAUAAUUAUAAAGCACCUAUUCCUCCACGAAUUUCAUCAUUACAGUCUUUGAAUGAUCAACAAGUUUCAUCAAAUAAGGUUCAUCAAAAUUCUACCUCACCUCUUCAGAAUCCAUUCCGUGUUAAGAAAUCAGAAAAUCAAGGUGAAGAAAAAAACAAUUCUCCGGUAUCAUCAUCAUUACAAUCAUCUUCACGUGGCAUUCAAAGACCAUCAUCGUUACCAGCGACUGCAAAGAAUCAAGAACCUUCAUUCACUUCCCCAACUCCAAGACGAUUAAGCGUUCCCGUUCCUCUUUCUAUUCUCAAUUCAAAUGCGUCUCGUUCUGAUCCUUCUCUAGUUGUGGUCAGGGAUAUUGAUGUACCACCUGCUCCUUCCACACCUUCCGCAAAGAAACUUCAAUUUUCUUCGUCUAUUCUUGUUCAUGAAACUUGGACACGCGAUGAUUAUGAUCGACGUGGUGAUCAGUCUACUUGUAACAAAUUAACUUCAAUCCUUGCACAAAGAAUUAAACAAGAAUUAAAUGAGUACAAAAUUUCUGAAAUGCAGGUUCAUGAAGAUAGUAAGCAUAAUACUCACUUCUUUUCCUAA